CUGCAUUCCAUCUGCCACUGUCGGGGUGUCGAGGCCGCAGAUAUUUCGGCUCCAACCUUUGGAGGCAGGCAAAACCGCACAGGGCACCAGAGUGUUGGUACGCAGCGCGCGGUACGGCGUAUGGCCACCCACUUCGUCCUCAACACCGGCGCGAAGAUCCCGUCGGUCGGGCUCGGCACCUGGCAGUCCGACAAUGGACUCGUCGGCGACGCCGUCUAUGCCGCCGUGAAGGCAGGUUACAGGCACAUCGACUGUGCUCAAGCAUACAACAACGAGAAAGAGGUCGGGUUUGGUCUCAAGAAAGUGCUGGACGAGGGCAUAGUCAAGCGUGAAGAUCUCUUCAUCACCUCCAAACUCUGGAACACCAACCAUGCGCCGGAGGACGUCCCGGUUGCGCUGGACGGCACACUCAAGAACCUGCAAACUGACUACGUGGAUCUUUACCUCAUACAUUGGCCGGUGAGAAUGAAGAAAGACGCCGGGUUCGGCCCGCAGAGCGUGGUCCCGUCAGAUAUCCCCGCGACGUGGGCGGCGAUGGAGAAGCUGUACGACGCCGGCAAGGCGCGCGCCAUCGGCGUCAGCAACUUCUCGAGCAAGAAGCUAGCGGACCUGCUCGCCGUGGCGCGCGUGCCCCCGGCCGUCGACCAGGUGGAGUGCCACCCCGUGUGGCAGCAGGGCAAGCUCCGCGCCUUCUGCGUGGCCAACGGGAUCCACCUCUCCGCCUACUCGCCGUUGGGGUCGCCGGGAACGAUGAUGGUGAAGGCGGGCGCGGUGCUGGAGCACCCGGUCGUCGUGUCGGCGGCGGAGAAGCUCGGGAAGACGCCGGCGCAGGUGGCGCUGCGCUGGGGCAUCCAGAUGGGGCACAGCGUGCUCCCGAAGAGCACCGACGAGGAGAGGAUCAGGGCGAACUUCGACGUCUACGACUGGUCCAUCCCGGACGAAUUGUUCGCCAAGUUCUCGGAGAUUGAGCAGGAGAAGCUGAUUCGCGCGGGCUUUUUUGUUGAUCCCGAAGGCGUGUUCAAAUCCAUCGAAGAGUUUUGGGAUGGCGAGAUCUGAAUGGGAGGAGCUGGAGUGAGGAACUUGGCCAGACGUACGGGGAAGAAUAAAUUUAUGCGUAUGAAACUGUCAAAGACAGCGUAGUUUUCGGGUACUUGGUAUUUGGUACUACUUGGUACUUGGCAUACUUUGUACUCCAAUAAUUUUCGGUCGUCUUUAAAUAAUACUAAUACUAAUAUUCAAUUUGACAUCAUUGGCAA